GGUUGCUGUGUCGUCGUCGCCGGGCUCCGUUGCCCGCGCUGUUUUGCCUUCUUGACGCUUGAGGCGGCCGCUGGGGGGUCCUGUGGCUUUCCCUCCUGCCGCUGGGGACUGCAGGCUAAGGCCAUGUCCCGAAAGCAGGCGGCGAAGAGCCGGCCGGGCAGCGGCAGCCGGAAAGCCGAGGCCGAGCGCAAGCGGGACGAGCGGGCUGCUCGCCGGGCCCUGGCCAAGGAGCGGCGGAACCGGCCGGAGUCCGGCGGCGGCGGCUGCGAGGAGGAGUUCGUCAGCUUCGCCAACCAGCUGCAGGCCCUGGGGCUGAAGCUGCGGGAGGUGCCGGGGGACGGCAAUUGCUUGUUCAGAGCUCUUGGUGAUCAAUUGGAGGGACACUCACGAAAUCAUCUCAAGCACAGACAGGAGACAGUGGACUACAUGAUAAAGCAACGGGAAGAUUUUGAACCCUUUGUAGAAGAUGACAUUCCUUUUGAGAAGCAUGUGGCCAGUUUGGCAAAGCCUGGUACUUUUGCUGGCAAUGAUGCAAUUGUAGCCUUUGCAAGAAAUCAUCAGUUGAAUGUAGUGAUUCAUCAACUUAAUGCCCCUUUGUGGCAGAUUCGUGGUACAGAUAAAAGCAGCGUAAGGGAGUUACACAUCGCAUAUCGGUAUGGAGAGCACUACGACAGUGUUCGGAGGAUCAAUGACAACUCGGAGGCACCUGCACAUCUCCAGACGGAUUUUCAGAUGCUUCAUCAAGAUGAAUCAAAUAAAAGAGAAAAGAUCAAGACAAAGGGAAUGGACUCUGAAGACGACCUGAGAGACGAAGUAGAGGAUGCUGUCCAGAAAGUUUGUAAUGCAACUGGAUGUUCAGAUUUUAAUUUAAUAGUCCAGAAUCUGGAAGCUGAAAAUUAUAAUAUUGAAUCUGCAAUAAUUGCCAUGCUUCAGAUGAACCAAGGGAAGAGAAAUAAUGCAGAAGAGAAUCUUGAGCCCACUGGUCGAGUGCUGAAGCAGUGUGGCCCUUUAUGGGAGGAGGGUGGCAGUGGUGCCAGAAUCUUUGGAAAUCAGGGCUUAAAUGAAGGCAGCACCGAAAACAAUAAGGCACGGGCCAGCCCAAGUGAAGAAAACAAAGCAAAUAAAAACCAGCUCGCAAAGGUCACAAACAAACAGAGGCGAGAACAGCAAUGGCUGGAGAAGAAGAAGCGGCAGGAGGAGAGGCACCGCCACAAAGCCCUGGAGAGCAGAGGUAGCCACAGGGACAACAACAGAAGCGAAGCAGAGGCGAACACACAGGUCACCUUGGUGAAGACCUUUGCUGCGCUCAACAUCUGACUCUGGCCUCUUGGGAGUUGUAAGAAGCGGCUGGAAAAGGAUUGCUGUGUGCCAGACUUUCCAGCAAGGCCGUCCUUUUAUGAAACGAAACACAACCAACAAAGCCCACACAUGAGCUCCCACACUGAGUUAGUGUCCUUCGAGCUGCCUCUUUUUUUGUUCAAAGUUUUAUUAGUGAUAUGUUUUGUUUUAUGAAAAUGCAGUGAGGCCAUUCAUAUUCUGUAAUACAAAAUUAAAAUACUGAGUUUUAGGGGCAGAUAGGUCAGAAAAAACCUGUUAAGUGGUGGCUUUAUUUGCCCGAAAAUCAGACUUCAGUGACCCUAGGAUCUUUCCUUAACAUUUGGGGUGAGUUUUGCUGUAAUUGUUCAUGAGUAGUUUAGAAUAAUUGUUAGAACUUGAGAAUGACAAGUUUCCUUAGUUUCUCUUUCAUUUUCAAA